UCCCAGGCUGGGGCCUCGGGUGGGCGAGGACAGCGGAGUCUGCGGGGCAAACGCUGGCUGGCCGGGCUGGCGCCAAGAGUGUGCGCCUGUACGAUCUAGUGUCCGGGCGGAGGCUCGAGCUCGACUGCGGAGCCCGCGGCGCAGGGCCCGAGUGUUGGGCGGACAGCGGCGGCGGCGGCGAAGGGGUGGCGGAACCCGGGCCGGAGGUGGCUUCCUUGGCAGCCAGGCCGGCGCUCGCGGGACGGUCCACCAUCAACAGUUUCUACACUUUACACUUUUCCAAGAGCAGCGGAAAAUGAACAAAUUGCAGGGGCCAGUGUCAUUCAGGGAUGUGGCUGUGGACUUCACUCAAGAGGAGUGGCAGCAGCUGGACCCUGAAGAGAAGAUGACGUACAGGGAUGUGAUGCUGGAGAACUACAGCAACCUUGUUUCUGUGGGGUAUGAUGUAACCAAACCAAAUGUGAUCAUUAAGUUGGAGCAGGGAGAAGAGCCAUGGACAAUAGAAGAUGAUGAUGACUUCCCCUGUCAAAGUCAUUCAGAAGUUUGGAAAGUUGAUGACAUGGUAGAGAGAAUCCAAGAAAAUGAAGAUCAACAUUCAAGGCAAGCUGGUGACAUGAACAGCCAAACUCUGAUGGAUGAUAGAGGAGAUGCUUUUGAUGAAACUUAUGUGGAUACACACUGUGUUCUUUCAGGCAUAAAUGCUCACAGUUGUGUUUCCUGUGGGAAGAAUUUAGAAUCUGUUUCACAAUUAAUUAGUAGUGAUGGAAGUUAUGCCAGAAAGAAACCUGAUGAGUGUAAUGAGUGUGGAAAAGCUUGUCAUGGAGAGAAGUCCUAUGAGUUCAAUCACAAUGGGGAUACCUGUUCUCAAAGUGAAGAAAGCAUUCUGCAGAAAUCCUUUGAAUACGACGAGUGCAUGGAAGCCUUAGACAAUGAAGCUGUUUUUAUUGCUCACGAGAGAGCUUAUAUGGGGGAGAAGCCCUAUGAAUGGGACGAUUCUGGACCAGAUUUCAUCCAGAUGUCAAAUUUUAAUGCCUAUCAGAGGUCACAGAUGGAAAUGAAGCCCUUUGAAUGCACAGAAUGUGGAAAGUCUUUCUGUAAAAAGUCUAAAUUCAUCAUUCAUCAGAGGGCUCAUACAGGAGAGAAGCCCUAUGAAUGUAAUGUGUGUGGGAAGUCCUUUAGUCAAAAGGGAACCCUCACUGUACAUAGGAGAUCACACUUAGAGGAGAAGCCCUAUAAGUGUACUGAAUGUGGGAAAACCUUCUGUCAGAAGUUACAUCUCACACAGCAUCUGAGAACCCAUUCAGGAGAGAAGCCCUAUGAAUGUAAUGAGUGUGGGAAAACCUUCUGUCAAAAAACGCAUCUCACCCUACACCAGAGAAACCAUUCAGGAGAGAGACCGUAUCCAUGUAACGAAUGCGGGAAGUCCUUUUCCCGCAAGUCAGCCCUCAGUGACCAUCAGAGAACGCACACAGGAGAGAAACUUUAUAAAUGUAAUGAGUGUGGGAAAUCCUACUACCGAAAGUCCACUCUCAUUACGCAUCAGAGAACACACACAGGAGAGAAACCCUAUCAGUGUAGUGAAUGUGGGAAGUUCUUUUCUCGGGUGUCAUACCUCACUAUACAUUAUAGGAGUCAUUUAGAAGAGAAACCUUAUGAGUGUACCGAAUGUGGCAAAACUUUCAAUUUAAAUUCAGCCUUCAUUAGGCAUCGGAAAGUACACACAGAAGAGAAACUCCAUGAGUGUAGUGAAUGUGGAAAAUUCUCUCAGUUGCCAUAUCUCACUGAUCGUCAUACAACCCAUUUAGAAGAGAAACCCUAUGAAUGUAAUGAAUGUGGGAAAACCUUCCUUGAAAUUCAGCCUUCGGUGAGCUCCAGGCAUCCAGAAGGGGAGAAAACCUACGAAUGUAAUAUAUGUGGAAAAUCAUUCUCUGAUUUGUCAUACUAUACCAUUCAUUACAGAGGUCAUGCAGAAGAGAAACCCUUUGGAUGCAACGAAUGUGGGAAAACCUUCUCCCAUAACUCCUCCCUCUUUAGACAUCAAAGAGUACACACAGGCGAGAAGCCCUAUGAAUGUUAUGAAUGUGGAAAAUUCUUCUCUCAAAAGUCAUAUCUGACUAUUCACCAUCGGAUUCAUUCAGGAGAGAAACCCUAUGAAUGUAGUAAAUGUGGGAAAGUCUUCUCUCGGAUGUCAAACCUCACUGUACACUAUAGAAGCCAUUCAGGAGAGAAACCCUAUGAAUGUAAUGAGUGUGGGAAAGUCUUUUCUCAGAAGUCGUACCUCACUGUACAUUACAGAACUCAUUCAGGAGAGAAACCUUAUGAAUGUAAUGAAUGUGGGAAAAAAUUCCACCACAGAUCAGCCUUCAAUAGCCAUCAGAGAAUUCAUAAAAGAGGGAAUAUGAAUGUACUUGAUGUGGAAAACCUCUAAAGUAAAAUCUCAAUUUUUAGAAAAACAAAUAUGGGAAACCCAAUAUUGUUCAUCUGAGUGUUCAUGUUCCUGAAUGGGGAAAUGCACUGAGUUGCUAGAUCCACUUUAAUCUGUAUUUUCAGAGAAGAAUCCCUAAAAGUGCAACAAGAAGCAGAUACUUCAGCAAGACCAUACAGCUCAUGGAACACCAGAUAAUUUAUACAGAGGCAGAAUUUUACAAAUAUUUAAUAUUUAUUUUGGAUUUAAAGUGUAUUUACAUAUCAGGGAGUCAUACUAAGGAGAAAUAUGUCAAUGUGAUGAAUGUGUAAAACAUUAUCUUGGAAGUUGUAAUGCUAAAAGCCAUAUUUCUAAGGUAGAAACAGGUGUUUAUAGGAAAGAUACCAGAAGCUCUCAGCUCUGAAUAGAUCUUCAUUGGAUAAAAUGAAGUUUAAAAAUCAUCAGGAGUUAGUCAAUCAUGAGAACAGUAGCAUUAGAUAAAUGUAUGGCAUUUCUUAUCAUGUUUUAAAAUGCAGUCUAAUGAUAGUUCUAUGCAAGUUUGGAUUUGAAUAAUUUUUAUGAAAAGUCAGUAUUUCUUGAGUAUUAGAAGGCAAAAUGUACAAAUAGGACAUAUUGUGAGUGAGAUAAUAUUUGAUAGGUAUAAAAUAAUGAAGUACAUAAUUUUCUAUUCUUAGUGGAAUUUACAAGUGGAAUUUUAGUGGAUGCCUGCCUCAUCAGUAGAGGGGAGAGUGGUUUUUGUAAAGUUUUCAACUGUACAUGAGCAAAAAAAAAUUAAAAACACUUUUGAUAAACUAUGCAUAUAUAAUUUGGAAUUGAGUUUCAGUGAGAGAGAAAUUACUCUGUUCAUAUAUACAAAGUAUCCCAGCUCCCUCAUACCACUCUUGUUUCCUAAUCCACAAAUUUGAGUGUGUUGAGUGCCAGUAUUAUGUAAUUCAGAAAUUUUGUCCACAUUUUUAUCUCAUUCAAAUAUGGUGAGGUGACAUUUUGUGUUUUGAGUCAUUCCCAGUAUUUCAGAACAAAUAAGUUUCUAUUUGACAUUUUUUGGUUUGUUGACUUAAUGGUCUUUCCUCAUUUCUUGCUAGAAGAGUUUGACUGCCCACCAUUGUUUCAUAUGGCACAGACAGUAAAUCCUGAUUAUUCUUAGCCAAUAGUGACAAUUCCAUGCUGAUUGCCAGUACAGUAGUGGGGGACAUGUUCCAAAACCCUGAAUGGAUGCCUGAGACCAUGGAUACUACCAAACCUUAUAGGUGCUGUGAUACUGCUACAGCCUAUGUGAUGACUAUGCUGACUGCAGGUAGCAUUUGCAGUGUGGAUCACUGGACAAAGCAAUGAUUCACUUCCCAGGCAUGAGCGAGCAAGGUUUAAUCACUCAGAAUGUUACGCUGCUCAAAGCUUAGGAAUUAUUUCUGAAAUUUUUCAUUUAAUGUUUUUGAACUGUAGUCAAUCCCAAAUAACAGACCAUAAAAGCAAAAUCUCAGGUAUGGAAGGAUUACUGUAACUUUUUAAUAGUGAUCACAUGACCAAAACCUGAACAAAUAAAAUGAAGAUGGAUUUAUUCUGGAAAAGGAAUAAGAUAGCAGUGUCAUACUCCAAGAAUGCAAGGUGGCUAAAUAUUCAAAAGUGGAGAUCUAGCUCAUUAGAUCUAGCUAGGCAAGCACAGGGCCCUGGGUUCCAUCCCCAGCACCACCCCAAAAAAAAAAAAAAAAGAAAGAAACCAAUGAUCACAUGAAGAAAAGUGAUCUGGUAUGUAGAAAAUUAAUGUGGUGAAAUUAAUAUCCAUUAUGAUCUCAGCUGAAUACAGUUGAACUGUCUUAAUUGGAUAAAGAAUAACUUAAACUACAACAGCAUACUUAAUGAAAAAAAUGAAAUAGAUGAAAAAAUAAAUUAGGAUAUUCAUUAUCACCAAUUUUUACUCAAUAAUAUGUAGGAUAACCUAGCCAGGAAAGGGAGGCAAGUACAGAAAAGGCAUAAGGAUUGGAAAGAAAGUAAAACCUCUGCAGAUGAUGGGAUUUUGCACAUAAAUAUUCCGAGAAAUAUACAGAUAAUUAGAAUUAAUGAGUAAAUUGACUGGGGAAGUAGCUCAGUGGCAGAGUACAAGUCUAGCAUGCAUGAAGCCCUGGGUUUGAUCCCCAUCUCUGCCAAAAGAAAAAAAAAAAGAAAAGAAAAAAAGAGCAAGGUCCCUGAACCUGAGGUCAUUUUGCAAAAAAUCUCUUUUA